UGCCAGAGUAAGCGCACAUUCGACACCCAGCCAACCUGCGUUUCUCAUUUAGAGCACCUCUGCACGUUGGUGAUCAGCACGCACCUGUGGCACUGCGCGCUUUCAUGAAUGACUUUUAAAGAAACGCACAUGGCGUCUCGUUGACCCUUUUUUGUGCCGCGCGCGUUCCCCUGGUGCGCUUCGCGUAGCGGUCUGUCAUUUCGCUCGAGCUCUGUGCAACCGCAGGCCAUGGAGAACGACGGACGCGACGCGGACGCCGACAGCGUCGUCGAUUUCGCUCGCCACCGAGGAAGCAACGAGUACGACUCCAACUUUGAGACUGACUCGGAGUCGGUGGUCGCGGGCGACGAACGCUCUCGCAAGGACCUGCUGGUCGCGGCGUCUCCGCCGCGACGCGAGCCCAAGGCUCACCGGGAUGUCGUGGUCAAGGAAUACAGCCUCGAGGAGAAGCGACGUGAGCGCAACUGCUUCCUGGCGCUGGACGCCUACACGAGGCACAAGAAGCUCAUCAACGACUACCUGCUCUGCUACCCGGGCGCUACGUCCAAGCUGAAACGAGACACGAGCCGCGAUCGCACCGACUUUGACAUCAUCCGCGAGAACCACCAGUUCCUGUGGGACGAGUCGGACGACGAGGAGCCGCCGACGUGGGAGAAGCAGCUGGCGAAGCGCUACUACGACAAACUGUUCAAGGAGUACUGCAUCUGCGACCUGACGUACUACCAGGCAAACAAGAUCGCCAUGCGCUGGCGCACAGAGCAGGAGGUGAUCACGGGCAAGGGGCAGUUCAGCUGCGGCGACCGGCAGUGCAAAGAGCCCUCGGGGCUGCGUACGUGGGAAGUGAACUUCGCUUACUUCGAGAAGAACGAAAAGAAAAAUGCCCUGGUGAAGCUCAGGCUGUGUGCGGAGUGCUCGUUCAAGCUCAACUAUCGGUUCCAGAGGAAGGAGCUCACCAAGAAUGCGACGAAGAGGUCGUCAUCUAAGCAUGACGGUGGCUCGGAGAGGAAGAAGGGCAAGAUGGACCAGACUGAGGGUGAGAAAGCCGGCGGAGAACCCACAGUAGAUGAGAAAGAAACAGCCAAAGAUGCAGAAGAGUCCAUCUGGAGCAAGCCGAGCACUGCCGAAGAAGAAAAGAGCCAGGAGGAAGAGUUUGAUUCCUACUUGGCCGACAUGUUCCUUUAAGAAAAUGAUCUUGAUGGAUUGCUCUUUUGAGCUCCCUGCUCUUUUUACUUCAUCCCUGAAUGUUGCUCGCUUACCUGUGAUGAUGCCAACAGGACAACCUGAGAGUAUGCCUUUUUGCCACGCUGGUAGGCAGUGGAAGGACAAGUGUAACAACGUUUGUGCUUGUUGGGACGUGGUGGCGCGAACCGUUGCUGCUGACUGGUUGUCAUUCAGUGGCUUGGGACCAUGAGGAUAAUGAUAAGCAGUUUUGCUCAAUUACCAAGUGCUCAGUGAAUUGUUUCAGACUAGCGUAUGCAAUGGCAAGAUUGUCGUUUCUUUCUAAAAACAUUUUUUGAUUUCCCUCUAUAAUAGCAUGAGCAAAGGGAGGGAUUGCGAGGCAUAAGCAAUGUUGCUCCAUUAUCAAGUCCUCUGCAAAAGGCUUGGUGCGAAUAGUUUCAAACUAGCAUUUGCAACAGCAGUUGCGUCCAUGAAGUUUUUUUUUUUUUUUUCUACGAUGCCACCAAAUGGCGUGACACAAAAAGUAGAGGAUUGUGAGACAAUUAAGCAGCAUCAAGUAGCACAAGGUGCUCUGUGAAAGGAUACGUGGAUUGUUUCAUUCUAGAAUUUACAGUAGCAAGUGUUUUGUUUAUUUCUAUAGGUUUUCCCAAAAUGUCACCAAACAGCAUGAUAGAAAUAGUGGUUUGUAUAAUUUUACACUUGCAGGGUGCCCUAGAGGAUGCUGCAACAGCAAAUUGAAUUUGGAGAGUUAACUUGUUUAUAAGGAGUGGAAUUGCAGUGGGGUAGCCAUGUUCCUUGUGGUGGAUGGAGUGUGUUAAUAUGCAAAACCUGCCAGGGCACUUUCACAGGGGUAGAAAAUGGGCUGGAAUUGACAAUUUAAAAAAUAGUGAGCACCCUCCACUUGGUGUUUUCCAAUCAAGAACUCUCAUCAGAGACUGCAUCUCACCCUUGAAGUGUGCCCCCCUCCCCCUUAGUCCAGUUCUCCAAUGACCAUGGCGAUGUUGCAGGUUCACCGGACCAGCACUUGCUGAACCUGCAUGCUUACAUUUCUUGGUAAAGCCUCCUAGCUCUUCCAAGAAGGAAGUGUGAGCACAAAGGCUUUUCAAAAAUUACUGCAAGAGUUCCAUGCUCUCAUAAUUAUUCCAUAUCCUAUGGCUGGUCACCAAGUAUAUGCUGCUAUUCAAUAGGCACAGCCAAACUCUGGCAGAGUAUAUAUAUAUAUAUAUAUAUAAAAAUUAAAAGAAGGGCAGCGAGGUUUUUGCCAGCUUAGAGGUGCAUAAGGGGUUUGGCAGAAGUAAAGGCAAGCUGUUAAGUGGGAAGAAUAGUUUAUUCUGCUAUCCUGUAGUUGAGGUUAUUGGUUGGAAAAUGCCCUUGCUCAUGCAUGCGCAGUGCCAUUAUUAAAACUGGCCAAAUAUGUGUUAUGCCCUUGAAAGGCAUAACAAUGGGAAGUCAUACGAAAUGUAAGGAUCAGUGCAGUUGGUUGGAGACUGGCCACAAUUCAAGUUGGGGCAGUGCUAUACACUUGUUUCUAGCAAGAGUGCUAAGCUGCCCACACUUCUCAAAUUUAGGAGUACUACAUCGCACAGGUGCCAUGUUUCAGCUGGGUCACUUUCAGCGAGUGCUGAUUGGUUGAGCCGGCGGACGGAAUGCCCAUUGCUUUGGCCUCUACGCCAAGCAAAAGCGAAGUGUCCUCGAAAGUGAUCAGUCAAGGCGAUGAUCACUGUUUCAAUGUGCAAAGAGCUUUCCUUUUUUCUUUUUUUCAAGUGGCUCGCAUCUCAUGGUGAAUAAUCAAGCUCACUACUACUUAUUGGUGUGCGCACUGUCUUCGGAAACAUCCUGAAGAUUGAAGGCUGGCAAAGGCCUGGUGCUCGUUUGCUGCAUGUGGCUUAAUUAACUACAGUACAUUAUGUUCUUGGCUGCUUCAGUCAUUGGUUGCCUGUGCCAUAGAUUUUAGCACUGCCUGUUCUGUUUUACAUCUAAAGAGAAUGGAUCCCUCCUGCAAGCGUUAUUUAAAUACACGUGUCCAGGCUUUCAAUUUGGCCGUUCAGGCAUUGCUGAAGUGCAAAGGCUGGUACUGCCUUUGGUACAAGAGGUGUUUAUGUCGGUACUGAUUUUAAACAGCCAAGAGGAGAUGUUCAUUUGUUUAUUUUUUUCAUACAAUCGUUCAUGUGCAUUGCAUGGCAGCCUAUCAGACAUGUUGGUAAAGUUGGUGCGUGAAGCAUUUGAUGCUAGCGUGGUGAAAUUGCGCUUGUAUGUUUGUGUACGUCCACAUGGCAGCAGCAGCUUCGGUGUUGUCUGAUGCCAUUGAUUGCGCAUUUUAAGUUUGUGCCCAACUUCAGCUGCACUUCGGGAGAAAGCAGCCAUACGUGACGCAUUGCUUUUCGAUUAUUAUUUACCUCUGUGAAGCAAGAGCACUUAUGCAAGUGUGGAUGCACUUUACCUGUUUUAUUUAUUCUUGUAAAGGUGUUUUAAUUUUAUUUUAGCAUUCUGAGGUGAUGUGCCAGGCUCAUUGUGAGCCUCUAUUUUUCAGUUUUUAGUAAUCGCCAUUUUUCUCGGCAGUAGAAGAUAAGCACAAGCAAGUCAGGUGGCAGAGUUUAUCAUGUUUUCAUUUGCUCAUUGUGCUCUGUAGCAGCAUGCGUUGCAUGAAAGCUGCUAUGUUUAAUUUUAAUCUUUUCACAAAGUUGCGAAGCUCUAUGUGUAUUAAGUGACAAUUUUGUGUACUUUUUGCAUUGCAUUAAACUUGUCAUUAUGA